AUGAAUUGGAAGAAUUCUUCGAAGCUGGUCGGGAACAUUUCGGCAAACGAUUUGAUGCUUCUCGAUUCGAUUUACGUAAAACGAAAUAACGAUUGGAAAACGACCGAGAAGAACGUUGGACGCGAAGACAAAAUUGGACGUUGCCAAGAUGGCGAGAGAUCUGUCUGUCACUCGGCAGCCAUUGGAGGAGCUGAGAAUGUGAAUGCGAACGAGAAAUCCGAUGCCUUUGUGCCAAAGAUUCUCCCUCAUGUCCCUAUCUGUGACAUUUUCUGUUCUCCAGUCCCUAUCGGCUCUGCUCAAUGUUGCCGUCUGAACGGUCGCACCGGUGGUGGAGCAUGCCAAGGAGUUCAGAAUAACAAGACGAUGCGCGGCUGGCUUGAUCCAAAAUCGGCCGGACGGCCUAAUGGAGACGCCACGUCUCCACCAUGGGAACGU